AUGCAGAUAAGGAAAGUCACAAGGAUGUCUUGUGCAAACUCUGCCCUGGCUCACUCAUUGCCCCCCCAUGCCCUCAGGCGUCUGGCCCGUGAGUGGCUGGAAGAGGACACCCCAAACUUCGAUGCGGCCGGAGUGUGUGUAGGGAACAAACAAGUGGAGGCAAAACUCCUGUGUAAAAGUCCGAACAGUGUCCUGGCUGGGAGCCCGUUCUUCACUGCUGUGUUCCAGGAGGUGGACUGCUCUGUGGAGUGGAGAUUUCAGGAUGGAGAUCGGAUCGGUGCAGAUGCGGUCACGCUCACUGCUGUGGUGAAGGGUCCGGCGAACGGCCUCCUGUUAGGGGAGAGGCCGGCUCUGAACUGCCUGGCCCGGGCCUCUGGGAUUGCCACACGCUGCUCAGAGCUCCACGCCUCCGCGGCUGCAGUCGGAUGGAGUGGGGAGGUGGCCGGGACGAGGAAGACCACCCCCGGCUUCCGUCUGGUGGAGAAGUACGCAAUGUUAGUGGGAGGCGCGUCCACACACAGACACGACUUGAGUGGGAUGGUCAUGCUGAAAGACAACCAUGUGUGGGCCUCUGGGAGCAUCACAGAGGCAGUGAGAGCAGCCAGAUCUGUGUGCGGCUUCAGCAGUAAAGUGGAGGUUGAGUGUCGGUUUGUGGAGGAGGGCUCAGAGGCAGCAGCUGCUGGAGCCGACAUCGUGAUGCUGGACAACUUCCAACCACAGGAGCUUCAUGCCGCUGCUCAGAAGCUAAAAAAGGACUUUCCAUCGUUGCUCAUCGAGGCCAGUGGAGGAGUGAACCCAGACACCCUGCAGCAGUUCUGCUCUCCCCACGUCGACAUCAUAUCUCUGGGCUGCAUCACUCAGGGCUGCCCUGUGGUCGACUUCUCUCUUAAGGUCGUUCACUGA